AGUAGGUAAUCUUUUCAUUCCCGCGUUUUUUCCAAGCUACCGAAAUUGCAAGCAACCACCACGAUCUUUGGCUAUCCAAGGUUUCACUCAUCCGGAAACCAUUGCAGCAGCUACACCACAAACUGCCAAGGCCACUAAAUUUACAACUCUAAUUUUAAUUGAAUAAAAUUGUGUUAUUUGAAACGACACAGCAAUAAUGUCACGCCGCAAAGCACUCACAAACAACAAUAACGACGGCGAGGAUGUGCAGCCCACUAAAGCAAAGCGUCCGCGCAUCGCCUAUCAUCUGGAGCUGCCCAAACGACGCGAAGUCAUUGGCAACGUGCUAGUCUGUGGUACAGGAGAUACAGGGCAGCUGGGCUUGGGUGAAGACAUUUUGGAGCGCAAGCGUCCUGCUCUUGUAGAGAGCAUUCCCAAUCCUGUAGAUGUGUGUGCCGGCGGCAUGCAUUGUUUAGUGCUAACAAAAAAUGGCCACAUCUACUCUUUUGGCUGCAAUGACGAGGGCGCACUAGGUCGCGAUACCAGUGAGGAAGGCAGUGAAGCCACACCGGGCCUAAUCGAUUUGCCCGGCAAAGCGCUUUGCGUUUCGGCGGGCGAUUCGCAUUCGGCUUGCUUGCUGGAAGAUGGCCGCGUUUUUGCUUGGGGUUCGUUCCGUGACUCACAUGGCAAUAUGGGACUCACCAUCGAUGGCAAUAAGCGCACACCCAUAAAUCUACUCGCUAACACACCGUGCUGUAGCAUAGCCUCUGGUGCUGAUCAUUUGGUCAUACUCACAACAGUAGGCAAAGUAUUUACUGUGGGGUGCGCCGAGCAAGGACAGCUGGGUCGCAUAUCUGAGCGCUCAGUCGGCGGCGAGGGUCGUCGGGGUAAGCGUGACUUGCUGCGACCGGAUCAAGUAUUUAUCAACCGCGCCAAGCCCUUUGAGGCUAUCUGGGCUACAAACUACUGCACAUUUUUGCGCGAAUCGCAGACUCAGGUCAUUUGGGCUGUGGGCCUGAACAACUAUAAGCAACUGGCUCACGCUAAGGAAACUGAGCGCGUGCUUAUACCCAUUAAGACGGAAUUGACAAACGUGAAACAAAUCGCUGGCGGUCAGCAUCAUACGAUUGUGUUGGACAAUGAGCAGACUUGCUUUGCUGUGGGCCGUCCAGAAUAUGGGCGACUUGGUGUGGGCUCGGUUACAGAGAUUGUAUCCAAGCUAACACCUAUAAAGCCGCUCAGUGGCAAGACCGCAUUCGUGGGCUGCGGAGAGGCCUGUUCGUAUGCCAUAACUACCGAUGGCAAGCUGUACUCUUGGGGCUUUGGUUCGAACAAUCAGCUGGGCGUAGGCGAUGGCGAUGAUGAGCUGGAACCGGCUCUGGUUAGCAGCAAGAACACACAGAAUAAGCGCAUGCUUUUGGCAUCUGGUGGUGGACAGCACAGUGUGUUUCUGGUCGAGUCGGAUGAGCAAGAGGAACAAGAGGAGGAAAAGGAGAAUGUGCCACAGGCAGAGACAAGCGAAGCAGAGGCUAGCGAGGCAGACCCCGAGCCAGAGCCUGCAGUUGCUGAAAAGAAGAAGAAGAAAUCAGAUGAGCAGCAGGAGAAACAGGACGAAGCAGGACAAUCAACAAGCGCUCCCAAGAAAACUGCCAGCAAACGUGGCGCCAAGAAGACUAAAAAGUAGAUUGCAAAUUUUUCGCAA